AAGAACGUUAGCAACACGCCAUCCGAGUAUACAUGCUGUUGGGUGACUCCUCGCAGAUGGACGAGUUGUCGGCACAAUUCACGUAGCUAAUACUUUUCGACAAAACAACAGCUGCUACGCCUCAUCGUCUUUGUUCAUUCAAGCACAACACGGACCAUCUUUCGCUCUGCAUGUUACUUCCGUGUACAUAAAAAGCGUACUGUUAAGACCCGCCUCCGUAAAUGUGAUUGGCUGUUGAACAUCAUGGGAAAGCCUUUCUUGUUUGUGAUUGGACAGCUAACGACUUGUCUUUUGAGUGACAUGUUGCCAUUAACGUUAUGAUACGUAAUGAGGACAUAUGCGGCUCAGGACUUCAACUUCACAUGUGUCAGAUAUUUCCUGAUAGGAGACAAGUUAUGAAGGAGAAGAGGGCCUGAGCUGUAAUGAGACAAUUUGGGAUACUCCAUAUGGAUUCUUCAUGUUGAUCUUUGCUCUUCCCAAGCUGAGUAGAGCAGUGGUGCGUGUGAGGAGACUGGCAGCUCAACUCAGCAAGGCAACAAUGUCCUCAAACCACCAGGGCUCCAGUCCGUCCUCUACAGCCAAUGGGGAUGCUCCCACUGCAGCCAUUCUCAUCAUUGGAGAUGAGAUACUCAAGGGUCACACAGCGGACACCAACAGUGCCUUCUUGACACGAGCACUAAGGAAGCUUGGAGUGUCAGUGCAGCGCAUAACAGUCAUACCAGAUACACAGGAGGUCAUCGCCAAAGAGGUGGCCCUCCUUUCGCCUCAGUAUACACACGUCAUUACCUCGGGAGGCAUAGGCCCCACCCAUGAUGACGUCACCUUUGAGAGCAUUGCAAUGGCGUUCCAAGAGGAGUUAUAUCCCCAUCCUGAGCUUGUCGAUCUUGUUAAAGAAUUCUUUGGGGUGGUGGACAAAAACAGUGCUGCCAUGAAGCUGGCCACAGUGCCUCGUUCAGCCAAACUAAACUAUGGAACUGACCCUCAGACUGGACAGCUGCUCCGCUACCCACUGGUCAGUGUGCAUAACGUGUAUAUCUUUCCUGGGAUCCCAUCUCUGAUGGAGAAGGCCUUCAAUGGGCUGGAGCACCUCUUUGCUGGUUCAGGGACCACUUUUCACACUCGCGAGGUGUUUGUGGAUGCGGAUGAAGCAGAGAUCGCCCCUGUGCUGACCAAACUGCAGGCCGGUUGGGGUAGGAAGGUGGCUCUAGGCUCUUACCCUGACUGGCUGAGUAACUAUCAUCGAGUCAGGCUGGUCCUGGACUCAGAUAGCCAGGAGGAGGUGGACAACGCCCGCGCACAGCUUCUAGAUGAGCUGCCCAAGGGUAGCGUGGUGCCCUUAGUCACUGACCCAGUGUCCAUCGCUACUGCUGAGGUGUACACACUGGCCAACAGCGGCACACCGUUGGGUGAGAAAGUUAUGUCUGCUCUGAAAACGAUAGAGGCUGCACUGGAUCAGUAUUCGACAGAGGAGGUCUGCGUCGGCUUCAACGGAGGCAAAGACUGCACGGCGCUGCUCCAUCUCUACUAUGCUGCACUGAAACGGCGAUGUCCAGAAGAUAAAGACAAGGUGAAAGCUCUGUAUAUCCGUAUUGUCUCUCCAUUUCCAGAAAUGGAGAGAUUCCUUCAGGACACAAUAAAAAGAUACGACCUGGAUCUGUUCUCUGUGGAGGGCAGUAUUCGGCAGGCCCUGAGCGAGGUGCAGGAGAGGAGGCCACAGCUGAAAGCCGUCCUGAUGGGGACCAGGAGGACUGACCCCUACUCACACACACUCACACCCAUGUGUCCCACUGACCCCGGCUGGCCAGAGUACAUGAGAGUCAACCCGUUACUGGACUGGACGUAUCAUGACAUCUGGUCCUUCUUGAGGACGUUAUAUGUGCCCUACUGUAUUCUCUACGAUAAAGGCUACACUUCACUGGGAAGUAUGGACAAUACCUGUCGAAACGCAGCCCUCCGGAUGGUGGAUGGGAGGGGGGUGACACGGUACAAGCCAGCCCACCUCCUGGAGAAUGAAGACGAGGAGCGAAACUGCCGUGCCUGAUGUCAUCUCACCGUGUCACCUGUUGCGAAUGGAGGCAGAUUUUCACCACUUGCACACAUUUGACUCUGUUAAACAUAACCUGGACAUUUCUUUCUAGUCUUUUCGUGAAUAUUUGCAAAAGACUGAACACCUCUGACUGCAGAAUAAGAUUGUGAAGGAAGACUGAUUUUUGUGUGUGUGUAUAUUUGUUACUUGUGUAUACACGUGAGUCUAAAGUAAUGGCUCUCUUUGCUGUUGAAUAAAACAUCAAUCUGUGUCA